AUGAUAGUUCAAGCAAUGCUUGAGCAUAGGAAGAAGGAGCGAAGGAAAACGGAAAGCGUGGACGAUAACAUAUCGAUCUCUUUUCCCUCCUCGGAGAGGUCUGCAAGUCCAUCCAUCCGCAAGAAGUAUUCAACAAUAGUUCCUUCCACUUCUCGUGGCAUUGAUCAUGUGCUGGACUACAGCGCCUCUAACUCGAGCGAGACAAAUAUGUGCCCUUCUCCUGUUCGAAACCAGUUUGUUAUUGAUUCCGAGGAAGAAUAUUCUGACAAAGGGGAUGAAGAAACUUGUGGGUACCGGAUUAAUUGCUCGCAGAAUAGUUUUGUGAGAAUCAAGCAAAAUUCAUCUACCGGAAGUAAAAAAUAUCGUUGUCGUCGCGUCCUUCCGGCAAAAGGGACUGAAGAGAAAACGAACAUUUUGAAAAUAGAUGCCAGGAGGCGAACGCAAGAAUCAGCUGGAAGAUAUUCUUGUCCAUUUUGCGAUUACUGCGCGCCUUUUCCCAGCAAAGUGAAACGACAUAUUGUCAAUAAACACAGUGAUUCUCACUUAUGCUCUGAUUGCAACAAGCGUUUCGAUACUUUCUUAUUGUUACGGAAACAUUGCUCUACUGAACAUCCAAAGCUACAUCGCUGCCAGUUUUGUGACUUUUCGAACAAGACUCAGGCUGCAGUUCGAAGACACACAGUUGCGAACCAUGAAAACGGUGUGAUGUGUACAGUAGCAGGUUGCAGUAUGCGUGUUGCACGUUGGCGACUGAAAAAACACCUGAUGAAAUAUCAUCCUUGUUCUCCAUCAGAAGUCGCUUCAAGAAAUAUGCAUCUGGAAAGACUUCCUGAAAUAGAACGAGGUCCUUCUCUAAAAUGUUUGGACUGCACUUUUGUCACAAACGAUUUGGAAGACUACAAUUUACACGUAGUGAGAGCUCAUAAGGAAGGAUUCGAAUGCCCUUUCCCAGAUUGUUCAGUUCGAUUUCUGCUUGGAGAUAUGGAUGAUCAUUUCGCUGCCAUGCAUGAGCCAUCGAAACAGGAAAAUGGUUCCUUCUGUUUGCAAUUCCGAGAUAACUCUGCGGCUAGUGCUACAACGACAACAGUAUCCGAGUGCGCUUCAACAUCAUACUGUUCAGAUGCACUUUGUUCAGACUUUGAAAUGCCAACUCCUUCGAGAAUGCCAGUUGGGGUAUUUCAAGGAUCCAGUCGAGAUUUCCAAUGCAGUUUAUGUGGGAAAAAUUAUCAAGACUUCUACCUUCUUAGGAAGCAUGUUAGAAGUGUCCAUGAAAGGCGUUACACACAACGUUCCCGACCCCUGAAGUACACGUGCGAUUGGCCAGAUUGUGCGCGAGCUUUUGCGUCUCCUGGACUUCUCCAGGAUCACGUCAAUGCUCAUCGAGGUGUCAGGCCAUAUCAAUGUACUAAUUGUGGAUGCUCGUUCAGUGCAAGAGCGAGAUUUGCUGUACAUCUCUCUAAAUAUCACAGAAUGAGCAUACGUGACUACAACUGUGCAUCUGAUCUUCUGAAGCCUCCAAGCAACGACGAGUCUCAGAUAUAG